UUCACAGGGACUUUGAAUCAUCAACUGGACACGCAGCCUAAGUUUGUGCAUCAGGCCAGACAACAAAAUACAAACAAUAGUUAAUUCUAACCAACCAUGUUGUGCAAUUUAACCAACUGGUAUAUUGCACACUGGUGGCAAUGCCAGGCCACCAAUGUGGUGCAGUCACUAGUUCUUUAACUAACCCAGUUAAGCAUGUUGUGUGAAUGCAAAGUCUGUCUCCAGGUCACUGUAGUGUUUAUACCAUCAGGUCCUAACAGCAGCACAAAAGCAGCAGUUUUUUCUGCUUUUGUGAUGGAGUUUCCGCCUUGUUCCUACAGAUUUGCCUUCAUCUCCCCAGACCGUGAGAGAGACAGGUCUUUAAUUUUAACAGGAUUAAAGUACAGUAAUAGUUUUCCUCUUAUUUCAUCACCAUCCAAGGGCACCCUCAAGGUGUAUUAAAUCUGUUACGCUUAACUUGGAGGCUAAGUCAGGGACCAGCAGUAGAGAAGAAUGGAGUAAUGUAGCCAUACAAUAAAGAUAGAACUAGUACUCCUGGGUGUGCUUCUUGUCUGGCUACCUUGCAAGGCUGGCACCCAGACUCCCUUCUGGUCUCCAAUCAACCAAUCCUGCCAUGGGCACACUGGGCAUGGGGAAGGUCAAGAUGUGCUCCAGAAGUGGAGAUGACUGCUUUUGACUUUUCUGUUGUUACUAAGCCUUUGAUCUUUUGUCUGGAGAAAAAUCAAAGAAUAGCAGUAGUUGUUUCAUCCUCUUGAGUUUUUGAUUGGAAGUAUCAUCCUCCAAUAAGCUGCUUGCCCAUUCUUCUAACUUCAGCUUCACUUCUGUACUGUUGCCAAAAAACAACCUCUGUAGAUUUGCCCAUCUGAUCACCAGUGGUUGGGUGGGUCUUGAAGAAGACACUGUCCAUUGCUUUUGGAAUCUCCACUAAAUGUUGACACAGGGAUCACCCCAAUGGAGUAGGUUUGCCUUAGUGAUCAAUACUGGCUUUCAGUCACAAUUUGAGAGUCCCUUCGGAGCUGAGCAUUUUUGCCUUCAUUCUUCUUGGUUGCUUCUCUCACAUUCCUCCUCAACUGGGUUUCCAUGCUUACUGUUCUCUGUGUGGUGAUGCUGGCUCCUUAACAUUUCUCUGGCCACCAUUUUUAUAGCUUCAUGAAAAUGGUUUCCUGCAGAAGCACCUGUCUCCCUGCAGAACACCAGAUACAGUCAGCGUGGUGUAGUGGUUAAGGUGUUGGAUUGGCACUGGGGAGACCCAGGUUCUAGGCCCCUCUCAACCAUGGAAGCUUCCUGGGGGACUCUGGGCCAUCCUCCCUCUGAGCCCAAGAACAAUUGUGGGAUAGUAGUGAAGGGGCUGAACUAGGAAUGGGGAGGUCCAAAUUCAAGUCCCCCCUCAGCCACAGGAUCUCUCUGUGGGCUUUGGGCCACUCUUUCACUCCAGUGUAGAGCGGUGAGAAGGUGCUGGACUAGAAGUGGGGAGAUCCUGGACUAGAAAUGGAGAGAAACUGAAUGGGUGAUUUUGAGCCAGUCACUCCCACUCAGCCCAACCUACCUCACAGGGUGGUUAUUGAACUGCUGUUCGAAAGAUGAGAUAUAAAUCAAAUCAAAUAAUACCAAUGGAACCAUGUUAGCACCACUACUUGGCUACAGUCCUGAGUGGCACCCUUCCUAAGUUCUAUAGUUGGUAGAAGAAGUGGACCACCUUUCAGUUUAAAUGCUGACUAAUCAGGAUUUGUUAGACUCCCCCCCCCCCCCCCCCGGUCUGCUGUAAGGCUUUUCCAAGCACCAUUUUUAAAAUGGUGUCCUUCUGGCCUUUAAGCCCCCUUCCAGGGGUCACUGGUCAUGAGGUUAGCCUGUUUAAGGAGUCCUCUGCUGAAACAGCCUAGGCUGCGCUAUUCCUUCUGGCAGGUUUAGCCCUCACUGGCUGCCUCCAAACCAUCUCCACCGCUCUUUCUUUAGCAUCAGCGCCCCAUGCGAUUAAAGAUUCAGGAAGAUGAGCCAGCAGGGGAAACAAUCAGGGAAGUUCAGAAGAGGGAACACCUGGAAACGGGAAGAGACCCUUGCUCUGCUUGAGAUCUGGGGUGAGGCGAAGGUCCAGCAGGAGCUGAGGUUCAGCCAUCGGAAUCUGGACAUCUUUGAGAAAAUAUCCCAGGACUUGCGUACGAAGGGAUAUCAUCGAUCCGCCUUUGAGUGCAGAACCAAAACCAAGACUCUACGGCUGGAAUACAAGAGAGUGGUAGUUCAUAACUCCCGCUCUGGGAAUACCCCAGCGAUGUGCCCCUUCUUUCCCCAGCUGCACCGGAUUCUCCGAGGGGACGCUAGUGUGGCACCGAAACGGGUAGCGCGCAGCUUUACCCUCCGAUGGCCCAUGCCAAACCAGGUGCCCCAUCAAGACCACGGCGAUGUUGCUGCUGCUUUUGCUCAGCCUCUCCUGGAGAAAGACCUGGAAGUACAAGACAUACACAUGGGGGAUGGGGGAGAAUACCUCGCACAUCCAGAAUCAGCUCCUGAACAGACAGCUCACCCAGAGGGUCAUGUAAUUUUUUCUCCAGAGAAGGAAGAGGGGGAGGAGGAGGAAGAGGAGGAGGAAGAGCAAAAGGUAGAAGGACAGCAUAGUUUGGAUGCAAGGUUGCCGGAACAGGAGUUCAAGGUGGAAGGACAGCCGUGCGCACCUGGGCCUUCUGCUUCUGAGGAUCGAGGCACUCAUGUACCCAAACUGGCCACAUUAUCACCAGCUGCUAGAUUGUCCAUGUUGCGAAAUAAGAAGAGAAGAGCCCCUAUGGUGCAGAUCAUUGCUGACAGUAUUCUUCAAAACGCAGAAAAGGAUCGGGAGCUCCUUGCCCGGGAAUUAGCAGCAGAGCGGAAGCGUUCCGAUGCCUUCCUCCAGGUCUUGGAGAAUGAAGCCAGAGAGCGCUCCCUUGCACGUCAGGAGAUUUCAAGGCUGAACCAAGCGACUCUGCAGUCUCUACAGGUUCUUAAUGAAACGCUGCAGCAGCUGCUUCCCCCAACCCCUGUACCUUCCUCUUCUCGUGUGGAAGAUUAUUGUGACCAGCAAAGACUGAACCAGGCCCUCUGCAACCAGUCCAGGCCUGUUUCGGGCUCACCAGGCAAGGUAUCAUUUGGGGGAACUUGUCACACGUGACGCAAAGGAACAUCCAGCAGGACUUAGAUGUUCUCACCAGAGUCACUCCAGGAAGUUUCUUUUGCAGGACUUGAAUAAACAUCAGCCCUUAGCCUCCCCCUCAAAGGUAGGGAAGUAACACUACUGAACUCUGGUUGACUCAGAACACACAAGGUAGGUUUUGAGUUGGCCUCACAUUGUGAGAACAGUUGGCUGGGACCAAGAACUCGUAAGAGUUUUUAUGGCAUCUGAACACGGUGCCCCAUUGAUUGCACCAAACCCCACUGUUCCAGAAGGGGGUGCACUUCUCUCAUGACCUGCACUUGCCAACCAACCCCUAGGAUCACAUAGUGGAACAGCAGUUGCCCAAGCACUGUAUUUCCAAAUUUAGAAGCAAAUGGAGUCGGUUUCUAGUCACCAUAGCCCACCCAUUGCUGUGAGUGCCUACCACCUCCAUGCUCAAGAGUCAUUCAGAAUAUUCUGCCAUUCAUCUCCAAAUGAAACAAUGCCUACAAGAAGCAGAAAAAGUCAGUGACAGGCCAAUCACGUAUGUUCCCCAGGAAUGCUGCAAGAUUAGCCCAGGGAGCUGCUCGAUAGGCCACCAGUCUAGCUGUCCUGAACCUGGAUGACCUCUUCCACCGGCGUGGGCGCUGGGAACACAUCAUGAGGGGGAGCUAGCAAUUCCUGCAGCCAGGUCAUGGUGACCUGCACUGCAAGGUGUAGUAGCUAACAAAACACUUUCACAGAACAAGGCGGGCUGCCAUCUGGUGCUGCGGGAGUGAAUAUGGGGGCAGGGCAGGUGAUGUUCGUUUCUUCCCGGCUGUAGCAGUCCACCAGAGAAGCAGAACACCUCAAGGUGCUGUCUCAGAAGCCGUCUACAAUGCCAGAAUUUCCAGCAGGAUGGCAACGCAUUCACAAAUAAGAGGGAAAGCCAAGGAAGGCAGUAGGAAGCAGUGUCGACAAUGACUAGUGGUGUCCCGUUUGAGGAGUGCACACGAUAGAGUUCCCCUGAUCCUGCCUUCCCAGACCUGCACUCUCUGGGCGGUCCCAGCUGUCUUGGCAGGAUGCUGGGGGUGAUGGUCUCCGAAGGAGCAAGGACAGAAAUCUGGCCAGUGCGGUCCCUUGUGGAACGUCACUCCAGAGCUGCCUUCGGCAUAAAGGCCCCCGCCAUCUCUGGCCUCCUCAGUGGUGGUUCAUGAACUUGGGCCUCCCUAGGUAUUUGCCUUUGUGCAACACUCCUUGCAGUUCGCUGUUGUCUAAGUUGCAUUGCAGGAUUAUAUGCAGUUAGUAUUGCUACCUGUGUAGCAGCCUAAUAAAGUUCGUAAUCUCAAA